AUUGACAUGUCUGUGUGUCGCUUCGGAGGAUCCUGAAGUUUCGCGAAGAUCGUGAUCGUUUCAUUUCUUCUCAUAGGAAUUCUUAAAAAUACGGUAUUUGUAGUGAUAGGUUCUUGUUAUAGCCAUGAUUAAGUUAUUCUCACUAAAACAACAAAAGAAAGAUGGUGAAAGUACCACAGCAGAAAGAGGGAAGAAAGCGUCCGCUGCGCAACUGAGAAUUCAGAAAGAUAUCAAUGAACUAAAUCUGCCCAAGACUUGUCAAGUGGACUUCCCUGAUCCAGAUGAUCUACUCAGCUUCAAACUCAUCAUUUCCCCAGACGAAGGUUUUUACCGAGGUGGCAAGUUUAUAUUCAGCUUUAAAGUAGGGCCCGGCUAUCCUCAUGAUCCUCCGAAGGUGAAGUGUGAGACCAUGGUGUACCACCCCAACAUAGACCUCGAGGGGAACGUCUGUCUCAACAUUCUCAGAGAAGAUUGGAAGCCUGUUUUAACUAUCAACUCUAUAGUUUAUGGAUUACAGUACUUGUUUUUGGAACCAAACCCCGAGGAUCCUUUGAACAAGGAAGCAGCCGAGGUGUUACAGUCAAAUAGGAGGCUGUUUGAACAGAACGUUUCUAAAUCUAUGCGAGGAGGCUAUGUAGGAUCUGUACUUUUCGAAAGGUGCUUAAAAUGAGGAUGGUUGCUAUGGCGACGUGAUGGAGUAAUUUGUUGUCCAGAGACCUGAAGGGUAGUGCCUUGCUCUACCUUACGUUCAUGCACUAUGCGUUGUCGGAAUUCUUACCAGCUCCAACGUAUUGUGACAUUUUGUGAUCACUGACACCCCAUGUCCUGCAUGGUAUGGUGUGGUUUGAACAAGUGCUGGGAAGCUGUUUGUAUUUUACUGAAAGGGAAGCCAGUCAAUAUGCCAUUUUCUACUUCUCCCAACAACUGUGUUUAUGAACUUAUUUAUGUAUUUGAGGAGUAAACUCGAAAAGUCUCCAUGAUAAACGCCACAUUUUCUUCAGUAAAAUACAAACAGGUGUAUCAUUAUUUUGCCUCUUUGCAUAUAUUGUCCUUGUCAAUUUUAUGACAGGUGUAUAGGGAUUGUGUCAAAAUAUUUAUAUCAUUUUAUGAUAAUGACUUCUGUGUGAAAUAUGAAUUCCUGCAUUUCCUGUUUGUUGGCAGUAGAUAAUCUUCUGUGAAGCAAGUUGUUGUUGAGAAUGAUGUUAAAACUUUUGACAUGGUCCCCACUAUUGAGAUGCGUUGUGCUGAGGCUGUAUUUAGAAAUAUAUGAAUACUGUCCUAUUCAUCUCUUUAAUAAAGAAAACAGCGUGUAUACUCUGUUCUGCAACUAUUUUAUUCUGUACGCAACAAGAUUAAAAUUAUAUCAAGAAUAUCGGAUUACAGGUUUCUAGCCUGAAAAAACAAAUGAGUGAAUACCUAUCAUGAUUAAUGUUUUUAGCAAGUCAUGGGUUUGAAAGCAUUUAUCUCUUCAUUUCCUCAUAAAUAUUACCGUGGUUUGUUUUGUCUGUAACCAUGGUAACAAUACAGGUACAACAGUUUCAGUUCAUACGUGACAUUAUCAAGGAAUAUUUUUAUAUUAUUCUUUGCCAAAUGUUUGUGGUGAAAACAUUAAAAGAUUAGAUGUCAUGAAAAGCAUUAAUAUUAUCAUGAUUAUCAUGAUUAUCAUUAUUAUACAGUGAAACCUUGUUAACUCCGACUUCAGUUCAUAAGACUGCUUGAUGCUGAAGACAGUUUCCUGUCAAGAUAUACUACUCAGCAUUAAAUAGGGAUAUUCUUGAGUGACAAGGAGAGGACGGGUGGCGCCGCGAUUCGCUGUGCAGAGUUGCGUCCCUUGGGCACACCAGAAAACUGAUUGUGGGUUCGAAUCCCAGUUCGCCCCGAUUAUGUUUCUAGGUUUGUCAGCACCAUACCCGUGCUCGUGGGUUUCACCGAAGUGGUAAACGUCUGAGACCUGCAUCAUUUCGGGCUUUCUUCCCACAUUAAGCUGCUACGCCGUGAUAUAACUGAAGUACUGUUAAAAGCAGCGUUAAACCAACCCACCCACUCUCUCUGAGUGUCCAGAUGGGCGUAGUCUGAGUGGAUGUUUGGAGGUGUCAUACGAAUAGCAUAUUGAAGAACUAUGAACUCUCCUGUAGUAAAUAAUGCAAAAAAGUUCUACAUCUUGCUUCUUGUAUGUAUUCGUAUUUGACAUGUGACACAUUAGAGUCAUCACAUGCAAGGGCGGAUCCACUGUUUUUAAAAGGGAGAGGUCCAAAAUAUCAAAAUCCUCUCUCAGAUAAUUUUACUGCCUUCAACAUACUACAUCUGGUUUUCAAAGAGGGGGGUCCAUAUCGCCUGGACGCCCUGCCCUCAGGAUCCGCCUAUGACAUGGACAGAAAAGAUUUGAAAUACCCAAAAGACUGGAUCCAAGGGAAUGAAACUGUCCUGCUUACUAAAAUAUACGAUCAACACCCAAAGUGAAUGAUAUAAAGUGCGUAAAUAGUCAAUGGCUCAAAGGUUUUUUUGGAGCCAUGUUGUAAAUCUAUCUUACUGCAUGCAAAAACAAGGUGUCGGAUCUGAUGUUUGGCUUUAGUUUACAUAUACGCUUUGAUUGUGCCUGAUCUACAGAUGUGGUCAUGAAUGUAGCGUGAAUGGGUUGGUUGGUGGUCUGGGCACCACAAUUCCUGUGCAGAGUUGUGUCCCUUUGUAGCUGUCAUUUCAAGCUCCUAACCAACUUGCACCAUCACACUCCCAGGGUCAUCAUUGUCACCAGUGUGCUAGCAGCAUCACAAGAAUCUAAACUAUUUCCCCUCUAACCCCAAAUGUAGUGGCAUUUAUGUUUUGGGGUAUGUCUUUGGGAAUACCAUCAUGACGAAUUGGGAAAAUUAACAGCUGAAUAUUUCCCGAAUGAAUUUGUUUUCAAUUCAAAAGUCCCAAGCUGGUGGAGCUAACGAGGUUUCACUACAUCAUGCAUGUCUGCA